CAGUGUUGGUUGAUCCGUCUCAAAUACGGGUUCUCAUUGGGCUACCGUUUUGUUGGACACGCCCUUUGGUCAGGUUUGGUUGAAGGGAUAGAUUAUUUCCCUGCCCGAAGAUCUUCGUAACGUAUUUACUCCGAGUGGCGGAUUGGAACCAGGUGUCUGGAUAACAUACCUGUACCUCCACCCACCUCCCCAACGAUUAUAACUAUCGUUAUACACGAUCUGUCCCCACACCGUUGUCCCCUUCUCACAUCUUCGGACUUUCUUUGAAACGGCAAGCUACAGUUUGAACAUACGAUAACUCAUAAACAUGGAUAAAACGGAGCUGAUUCAGAAAGCCAAGCUGGCGGAGCAGGCGGAGCGUUACGACGACAUGGCUUCGUCCAUGAAGGAGGUAACGGAGAAGGGUGCAGAGCUGUCAUGCGAGGAGAGGAACCUUCUCUCGGUCGCCUACAAGAACGUUGUCGGGGCCCGGAGGUCUGCAUGGCGGGUGAUCUCCGCCAUCGAGCAGAAGACAGAGGGCAGCGACAAGAAGCUUCAGAUGGUCAAGGAGUACCGGGAGAAGGUGGAGACAGAGUUACGAGACAUCUGCAACGAUGUAUUGGGGCUGCUGAGCAAAUAUUUGAUUGAAAAUGCCCCUAAUGCGGAGAGCAAAGUGUUCUAUUUGAAGAUGAAGGGAGACUACUACAGAUACCUGGCUGAGGUGGCCUCUGGAGACGACAAGAAGGAGACGAUAUCCAACUCUCAAGACUCCUACCAGGAGGCGUUUGACAUCAGUAAGAAGGAGAUGCAGCCCACACAUCCCAUCCGCCUGGGCCUGGCCCUCAACUUCUCUGUUUUCUUCUACGAGAUCCUCAACUCUCCAGAGAAGGCCUGCUCACUGGCCAAACAGGCCUUCGACGAUGCCAUCGCCGAGCUCGACACGCUGAGCGAAGACUCGUACAAAGACAGCACCCUCAUCAUGCAGUUGCUUAGAGACAACCUCACACUAUGGACGUCUGACAAUGCAGCAGAUGAGCCAGAGGCUGGAGAUGGAGGAGAGAACUGAGAUGCUCCCUGUCAGCCCUCGCCAAGAAAUACAACAAAAAAUGAGGAAAACAAUCAUUUUUACACCUUCAUUCCUUAUUGUUCCACUUGAAAUUAUUCUAGUAAUGAAUGCCCAUCGUACAAUGGAGCUGCAGUGUGUGUGGGACAUUAAUCAUUUUAGUUUUCAACACGACUGCUUUUUGGUAUGAAGAAAAGCUCAAUUAAGUAAAUAAUCUCGCCAUUCCUCAGUUUGCUUGUCCCCGCCUUCCUGAUGUGCAGUUUUUGCUUUAGAAAAAUAUUAGCUUCACUUUACCAACUGUCUGUUCAACAUGACAAUAUAGGAUGUGUGUGUCCAGAAAGAUCGUUUUUUUUAAUUUUGAAAGGCCAUUUGCAAACGGCAAGUAUCGUGCAGCCUGGGCAUAUGGUGGGGAGGGAAAGGCAUGUCAAGCUGACAGGAAUUCUGGCUGCCUCCACUGUCCCCCUGUGUGUUGGUCUUCCAAAAAGGUUGCUAGGUAGUUGCAUCUGUCAACACCUGCUGGCCCAUGAAAGACAACCUGACAUUGUGUUUAUCCCAAAUGGCACCCUAUUCCCUUUUAUAAUGCACUAUUAUUGACCAGAGCCCUCGUAAUGCACUAUGAAAGGUAAUAAGGUGCGAUUUGGGAUACAGAAUAUCUGGUAACUUGAACACUCCUGAAACCUGUAUUUUAUGAGCCUGUGGGCUAUCCAACCAGUGGUUGCAUCCCUAUCACCUGUAUAGUGCACUACUUUUGACCAGGGCCCCUAGGGCUGUGGACUAAAGUAAAGUAGUGCACUAUAAAAGGAAUAGGGUGCUAUUUGGUAUGCUGUCUGUCAACAGAACAAGUCCUAUCCAUGGGCUCUUGUAACAAGGUCUCUCCCUUGAUGGUUACAAUAAACUCCUUCCUAGUUAUAUUAUUCACCUCAAUGUGUUACUUUGUAGCAUGUCUGACAAUAAAAAGUUGGUACUUUAAGACAAAAAAAAGAAUGUGGAAUGACAAUAGAAUAAGUACAUGCAUGCAUGCCCCUUUAAAAAUGUUUCAAUGUACACUGGAAUGGGAAUCAAUAUUGCAUACAGAAAGUCCCAUUUUGUUUUUGUUCAGUACUUUUCUUUGCAGGUUUGUGCACAUGUCAGAGGGUGUUUGGUUUGUCCAAUGAUUGUCAUUAGAGAUUGAGACCACUAGUGUUUUUGCUAAUCAUUGAUUGUAGGCCCCAAACCUUUGUGAGAAUGUUUAAUGCCCUAAUGUUAUGUAACACCUAUGUAACAUGAAUAAAAAUGACAUUUUGUAAACCAUAA